GUUUUUUUGAGCAACAAGCUUCUGACUGUGUCCACUAAGGAAGGGCAUUUCAUUUUGAGUUGUAAUAUUUGACAUAAAAGGGAAGCAAGACUUAAAUUGUGAUUUAAAUUCUGAAAGUUUUUAUUUGACCUCUGCUUGGACCCCUGUGCCUCACAACAGUUCCAGUGAAGGGUGAGUAAAAGCUGCAGGCUAACAUUUCCUCUGAAAUGUAACUGCACAGUGCUUCAGAGGCAAGACCCUGUUGCUUUUUGAGGAGUUUAAUGUUUGAACUUACAGGAUCAUGGCAUAAAAAAUCUACUUUUGAACUCGCUUUCUUUUGUACUACUUGUCAAAGUUUCCGGUGGGCUCACUUUAAGGUGCCAUGUCAAAGGACACAUUUCCGUUCACUUCUUCCUCACUCCGCUCCCUGAGACUGGAGCAGGAGCUUCAGGAGUGGGAGGAUGCUCGGCAAGCGUUGGCUCAUAGGAGAGCCAUGACAAGGGCCCCGCUGCCCCGGGCCCCCAGGCCUCCUCCCAGGCAGCAACGGUUCCAGGAGGUCCGGGCCCCUCCACCCCAGGUCCGGUGUAGAGACACGGCCGUGCACAACACCUUCAUGUGGGGGGACAUGAAAGGAGUGUAUGCGGUGCUGAAGGACCCUGCGAUGGUCAACGCCCUGAUGGAGACGGUGCAUGAGGAGAUGCUGUGGGCUCCAGAGAUGGGCAUGUGGACGCUGAGCUCCAAGGUGAAGCAGACUUCAGCAUUACGUCUGGCUGCCAGCAGAGGACACACAGGAUGUGUGGAGGAGCUGCUGUUCCGUGGGGCUGAGGUAAACGACGAUCCCGGAGGUAACACGGCCCUCCAUGACGCCUGUAUGGGCGGCCACGCGGCUUGUGUCCAGCUGCUGCUCUCUCACGGAGCAGAUCCUGACCUGCUGGCGGCAGACGGCAGCGCUCCUCUUCACCUCUGCACCUCCGCCCAGUCAUUGCAGUGUGCUGAGUUGCUGAUAGACGGAGGUGCAGAGGUCAGUGUGAGGAUGAGGGAGUCGAGGCUCACACCUCUGCACGUGGCCGCCCGGCGAGGCCUGGAGGAGCACGUGGAGCUCUUCCUCAGACACGGAGCAGAUGUGUCAGCCACAAAUCAAGAGGGGGAGACCCCUCUGAACGCUGCAUGCUCCGGUGCCGAGAGGCCCUCUGAGGCCGGCCGCUAUUUACGUGUGAUUCAAAAGCUGCUGGAUGCAGGAGCUGAUCCCAGAACUGCAGGCAGGAAGCAGCACACCCCUCUGCACAAUGCCUGUGCAAACUGCAGCCACCGAAUUGUGGACGUCCUCCUGCAGCAUGGAGCCAAGGCAGAUGUUACCAACUGUGCAGGAUACACACCAAUGGACUGUCUGUUACAGAAGUUGAAGCAGUGUGUCCUCUCUCCUGCCACUCUGGAGGUGAUGCUGAACUCGUACACAUCCAUCCCUCCCUGUGAGUGGAUGGACUCUCUGUCCACCGAGCUAUAUGAGGAGCACCGGCCGUUCUUUGACCUGGUGCGUCAGCGGAGCGGCCAGCCUCGCUCUCUGCAGCAUCUCUGCCGAUGUGCUUUACGCCUGCGCCUCAGAGGCCGAUGUUUCGCAGCAGUCCGUGAACUGGACAUUCCCAGCUCUGUGAGGGAUUACCUGCUGCUGUGUAAGGACGGGACGCUCCAGUAACUUCAUAUUGUGUGUGUGUGUGUGUGUGUGUGUGUGUGUGUGUAUG